AUGGCUCACGACUGUGCUCGUGACGAGCGCUUUCUUGACGCCGACAAAGAACCUACCCAAACGCUAAUGCCCAUCGAAGGCUAUGAGAAGAAACCGUUGCUAUCGCUUAAAGAGGCUGUCCUAGCAAUUAAAACAUUGAUUCAUAAUCUCGAUGCAAUGGUAUGGACGGCAGAACGAAACUCACGUAACCCGUCAGAUGGUCUUAUCCUUGAUGAAUCGGCUGCUAUUCAUCUAUAUACGAUGCAGUGGCCCCAGCCCCAUUCUAGUCUUUAUACUGUGCUCAACGAAACACUUCGUUCUGCACAGAGAGAUAAUCUCAAACCAUGGUUUUCUUAUCUUAAACUCUUUCUGACCGCUUUGUACAAACUGCCUUCAGUAAAGAAAACAAUUUGGCGCGGUAUUCGUGGCGAUGUAAGUGAUCAAUAUGAUGACGAUCAUAUAUGGUGGGGUGUGAGCUCGUGCACGGCGACAAUGCAGGUGAUGGAACGAUUUGUUGGUCGUUCAGGUGUGCGUACCUUGUUCAUGAUAGAAUGCAUCAAUGGCAAAGCUGUGCGAUCCCAUUCUUUCUAUAAAGAGGAGAAUGAAAUCCUUUUGAUGCCAGGUACUUAUCUGCGCGUAGUUGACAAAUGGAGUCCAGCGGAGGACUUGCACAUCGUUCAUUUGGAGGAGGCACCCGCUCCGUAUCAACUUGUCACACCACCUUUUGAAUCAAUCUCGUUAUCCAGCGAUAUACCUCCACUAUACAUGCCUGUGGUCCCGAAGAGCCAAUCACACAGUCAUGUGGAAUCUGCACAAUCACAUGGUCUCACAACAUCAACGAACCUCCGUCCUGAUCAUAUACCACCAGGCCAAAGUGUCGAUUUAUUCCAUGAAAUUGUAUCAGAAAAUUUUCAUGAUGUCGAUGUAUCGAUUGCUGGUCACGUAUCAGGUGCAUCUCAAUUUGCUAAACCGAAAGGAUACCAUCAUUUGUCGAAUAUACCUCAACUGUCAAGUAAACCAGCCUAUGCUGAUAGUGAUGUUGAAAUAAAUUCAGAUUCGUCAUUUUGGUCCGAUGAAGAAGAACAAGAGCAAAUGGAACAAGGUAAUCGACGAAAUGUAGUACCAUAUCGUCGACAAGUAUCACGUUAUCUUUCAACGGUCAAUCGUUCUUUACUUGAUCGACCGAGUGAUCAUGUUGCUGAUUUUUAUAUUUCACAACUUAAUCAUAGUGUACAAGGAAGUGACCGACAUGUUGAAUCAAUUGUACAUGAUAUGGCUGAAACGGAGCAUGUUCGCAAUAGAGAAUUUGUUGAUGAGACACGUAAUAAACUAGGAUUUAGUCUAUCUGCUGAAUAUUUGUAUUAA